AUGUUUUUUUUCGAUGCCUCCGAGCUUCAAGCCCUUCUGAAAUGUUGUCUGGAGGUCAACAUGGAAGACGUUCGACGAUCUGGGAAGCCGUGGGCUUACCUAUUCUGUACAGUUCAAAGGCGGAUGGCCCGAUAUGGAAACUUUCCUGCACGAAAACUGGUGAACUUACGACACAAGUAUCUAUAUUCACAGAAAGAUUUCAUGAAAGGUAAACUUAAUACACCAGAAGCGCACAGUCUUUGGGGUCACUUUAAGGGACUAGCAGAUUCCGAUAUGCAUUCGAUUGAAACAAAUGAAACAGAAUUGUUGAAACGUAAACCAGCUAAGAUAACUGGAAAACUGGAAUCCAUUAAAAAUUCCCGAAAAGGUAGACGCGGAAUCAACGUAAGACCUGAGGAAAGGCGAACCUUUCUAGAGAAUUGUCUUCGAUAUAACGUACGUUCAAUGGGCAAAAAAGGAUUACUUUUACUAGAGAAGGUGCGAGAAAAAAUGGUUCAAGAUGGUUUUCCUGAGCGAACUGUUUGCUCUUUAACGUUUCUCUACAAAAAAACUCGGCAAGCAUUUCGUCAUGGUCGUCUAACAAUACCGGAGGCUGAGAAAUUAUGGGGAUCACAUGUUGCUGGCAAUGAUUCAGAUUGUGCAAAAGAUGAGUCCAUGUCCGAGGCUAAAAUGGAAUCGAACAAUGAUCAGUCACAGUUUGGAAUAGAGUUUUGUGACAAUGAUUCGUCGAUUAUUCGUGCUCAGGAACCUACAAGAAAUUGUAGCAUCUGUAAAACCUCAAACGAAGGCGAGAUGAUAAAUUUACUAGCACAAAGUGCUAAUGGAACUACUUAUUGGGACAUAAUUCAGGAUUGUUUAAAUAUCCAAAUAUCUUGCGAUGAUAUUAAACUGCAAAUUUGUGAAAACUGCUCGUCUUUCAUAGAGGAUUUAUACGAAUUCGUAGCAAAAUGUCGAAAGAGUUUAAUAGAACUAAGCGUAGAGGCCUCGGAUGGAGCUGCUCAUAUCGAAGAAACAAUUAGUGAUCCCUUCCAUGGCUUUGACGAAGAUGGACAUGAACCGCUUGUUGUGAAAGAUGAAAUCAUGCUCAGUGAAAUCGAUCUCGAAAAUUUCAACAUAGCUGAAGCAUUUGAAAACAAUGACAUUUAUUCACAAGAACAACCCGAAGAACAAGAAGAAGAUUCAGUAGUAUCAGAAACCGGAGAUCCAGAAUAUUUAGAAGAACCGCUAAAUAUUGAAUUGAAUUUGACCGAAGAGCAAAUUCGCAAGCAGACACGUGAGUUCACGGCAAGUAUGAAUAAACCUGCCCGUCAAUGUGAUGUUUGUGGAGUCGUAAUUCGAGGAGGAGAUUUGGCUGGACAUAUGCAGAUUCAUUCUGGAAAACAGUUUCCUUGUAGAUUUUGCGAUCGCGUUUUCGGUAGCGUUAGAUACCUCAGACGUCAUGAAAAUAUUCACACGAAAGAGCGGAAAUACAACUGCCAAUAUUGCGAUAGAGUAUUCUACAUUUGGAAAACUUGGAAGGGUCAUGAGGCGCAGCAUACAGCAGACAAAUAUAAGUGUUCUGAAUGUGGUAACGAAUACUCGACAAAAUUAAAUCUUGAUACUCAUUAUAAGUUCAAGCACCUUAGACAGUGCAAAUUCCACUGUAAGCAGUGUGAAUUCGUUACGAACAUCAAAAAGCGUUUGCUUCACCAUGUCCGAUGCAUGCAUACGGACCUUCGGCCAUUCGGCUGUCCAUUCUGUGACAAUACGACCAGUAACGAUGCCAACCAUUACGUCCAUUUCCAACGACACAAGAAGAGUGGCGAGGCUACCGUCUAUCAAAUCAAGUGUGCUUACUGUGGCGAACUGUUUCUCAAAGAUGCAGCAUUCGAGACGCAUUUGGUGAAGCAUCACCCCGAUAAAAUUGUUGAGUUGUGAAUGCGGGACUCAUCUUCUAUUUUUUUAUGAUUCAAUUAAGUAUUUUUUUCAAAGCUAAA